AGCGCUCGUCUCCGCGGCGUCCCGCUGGCCCCGGCGGGGGUGGGCGACCGCUACUAGCGCAGGGCGUCUCAGGAAGCGCACGGCUGAGCCGCGCUCCGCCGGCGUCGCUUUCGACCGCAAGUAGUCCGCAGCGCGCGGUUUCCGCUAGGGCCGAGUUCCGCGCGCCGGACCGAGGUGGCCUCGGCUGCGGGAGCCCUGGCUGCUGUGUUCAACGUGUUCGUUAUGAAGUUAUUAGUAAUACUUUUAUUUCUGGGACUUGUCGCUGACUGUAGAGGUAACUCUUCCUAUAGCUUGACACCGCAGUUACUUCUGGUGUCCUUUGAUGGCUUUAGAGCUGACUACCUGAAGGACUAUGACCUCCCUCACCUCCAGAACUUUAUCAAAGAAGGUAUCUUGGUGGAACAUGUUACAAACGUUUUUAUCACAAAAACGUUUCCAAACCAUUACAGCAUCGUGACAGGCUUAUAUGAGGAAAGCCAUGGCAUUGUGGCCAACACCAUGUAUGAUGGCGUCACAAAGAAACAUUUUUCUGAGUCUAAUGAUAAGGAUCCAUUUUGGUGGGAUGGGGCAGUGCCUAUUUGGGUGACCAAUCAGCUUCAAGGAAACAGAUCAAGUGCUGCUGCCAUGUGGCCCGGAACUGAUGUGCCCAUCCACAAUACUACACCUUCCUAUUUUAUGAGCUACAGCAGCUCAGUGCCCUUUGAGGAGAGACUCAAUAAUGUCACCUCCUGGCUUAGUAGUUCCAACCCACCCGUCACCUUUGCCACGCUCUACUGGGAAGAACCAGAUGCAAGCGGCCACAAAUAUGGGCCUGAAGAUAAAGAAAACAUGAGCAGGGUAUUGAAAGAAAUAGAUGGCCUUAUUGGUGAUCUUGUACAAAAACUCAAGGAGUUAGGGCUGUGGGAAAACCUUAAUGUGAUCAUCACAAGUGAUCACGGGAUGACUCAGUGCUCUGAGAACAGACUGAUACAUCUGGACGCCUGCAUCAACCCCUCAAACUACAGUCUUAUAGACUUGACCCCUGUGGCUGCGAUUCUUCCCAAAAGAAAUGUCACAGAGGUUUAUGACAAACUGAAACACUGUAGCCCUCACAUGAAUGUUUAUCUCAAAGAAGAUAUUCCUGCCAGAUUUCACUACCAACAUAGUGAUCGAAUUCAGCCUAUUAUUUUGGUUGCUGAUGAAGGCUGGACAAUUGUACUAAAUAAGUCAUCAUUAAAGUUAGGUGACCAUGGCUACGACAAUUCUUUGCCUUCUAUGCAUCCAUUCCUUGCUGCCCACGGUCCUGCUUUUAGAAAAGGUUACAAGCAGAGCACUAUUAACACCGUGGACAUUUACCCAAUGAUGUGCCACAUCCUGGGACUAAAACCACAUCCUAAUAAUGGAACAUUCAGCCAUACCAAGUGCUUGUUAGUGGACCAGUGGUGCAUUAAUCUCCCAGAAAUCAUUGGGAUUGUCAUCAGUGCACUAUUGGUAUUAACCAUGCUAACAGGCCUUAUAAUAUUCAUGCAGAGCAGAACGUCCGCUUCCCGUCCAUUCUCACGCCUUCAGCUGCAGGAAGAUGACGAUGAUCCUUUAAUUGCAUAACCCAAAGUGUCUUAUUAGUUUCAGAUCUAAGGAUCCAUGCAAGGAAUGGUGUUAUCACAUAAAGAGAUAUGUGUCAAAAGACAAGACAAACAUGCUAAAGCCACUCUGGUUUUCCUUGUGUCUUGUUUUGGAGUGUCGCCUGAUAUAAAUGACCGUGACCGUGGUAGAGAUGCUGGUGGUCAGUGCAGACCACCUGUUUCACUAACAAGGGCCUUUGAGAAAAAUAGUAUAGUUUCUUUUUCAUUAAAAAUCUAACUUUCAGUGAAAAUACACCAGAAUUUAAUAGGCAUGCUUUUCUAACAAAUUUUUAUGUUUGUAAGUGACAGGGAAAUAUUUAUGUAAUUUGUGAAUUUUGUGUAUCCUGGAGAAAAAGUUGCCUAUAUUUUUAUAUUUAUCUUUAAGUAGUGUGUGACCCAAGAAAACCCUUGAAGUAGGAAAUUCUGUGAUGGUUAAUAAGUGGAUUAGCCACAUAGUGGAGCUGUAGCAUACAAAGAAAUCACUUUAAGUAAAGCUGCUAAAAACAAACAAAAAACAACUAAGACUAUGUUAAGGCCCUGAGCUGUUGACAGGUCACAAGUUGUCUUUGGAGCUGGGCGUGGUUGUAAGUGCCAUAGGUCGGUCGGAUAGUUGGGGGAUGGGGUGGAUGAGGCCGAGGACCUUGAGAUUGAGCCCAGUCCAGCCUGGGUUAUGUACCCAGACCAUGUGGAUACUAAUGUUAAUAAGAAAUUUCAAAGAAAAUAGAGAAAAAUUGUUUUUCCCUAUUUGUGUUUAAUGUCUUUGGGUAAGGUGUGUGUGUGAGUGUGUGUGUAUAUGGAUGUCAUGUGACUUACAAAGGGGAUUGGACUACGUGCCAGAGCAGAGCUGUCGGGAAAGGUCACUUCUUGCAAACCUUAGUUGUAUACUCCCAUGGACUCACAAGUUGAUAUUACAGUUAAAAACUCCUGUUACGGUUUUCAGUUCUUAUGUUUAUUGGAAAUGUUCAGAUGCUGUAGAAAAAUACAAGGCUGCAAGGUCAGAAUUUUUAUAUUUACCUUUGAGACUUUAAUGUGCCUUCCAUAUAGCAGAGUGGUAAGAAAUGUAAAGUGGAGUUUGUUGUCUUCUGCUUCUUCACCGCGGUCACGUGGGUGCCAUGUGCUAAGGGGCAAAGCAGCCCGGCCCUACCCUGCUUACUUCCUCACUGGACUCUUCUUAAUCCUCACUGAGAACCGCAGGUGUGUUGAGAAGCACUGCCAUCACUCCCUAGCUGCUCGGUUCCUCAGCACCAGAAUUAUUAGAACAGCCCACAUAAUGUCUGUUAGAGAAAAGACCAGUGUUCACUGACGAGAGUGAUCUGUAAGUUCUAACAACAUGAAACCAGCUUGGUGAUGGCGCUACAGGAAGUGUGCAGUGCAGUCAAGCAUUUGAGACAGUGUCGCCUGUUGGUCAUCUCAGACACUGCAUUGUCUUGACUCACUGCUAGUUUCUCAACGCCUGAUAUCUGGCGCCCAGUAUUGGAGUUUUGAGAGGCAUUUCUGUAUUCCAUACAUAAUCUAUGCUGUUGAUCAUAAAAAUGGGUGUUUUGGGAACAGAACAGGACUGAUUUUGUUCAUAAAUGUUCUGACUUGUUACAUGUAACAUCAAUACUAAAGGAUAAAGAGUUUAUCAAAUAAAAUAGUAGAAAAAUUUCUGCAUACAUUUUUUAGCUGUCUGCCAGUAGAGUAUUUAACACCAGCUGAAGAUACCAUAGUCCUACAGUGCUGUGGGUACCAGCGACUCUGUUGGCUCAGUUGUGGCUUAUACAGCGCUCAUCCAGCCUAUGAGUGAGUUUUUAGAAAGGGUAGCAUAAGAAGGGAGUCCUUUUGGUGUCUUAGCCUUCUGUGAGAUGUAUUUACUUUGUCUUUUAUUCUCAGAAUACUAGAACUAUGUAAUGUUUUAUAAAGUGCUUAUUCAGGAAAUAAUAUUUAAAUAGAUUAUCAUAUUGAA